AUGGAUAUCCGUGUAUUUGAAGGGUUAUUUGGUGUAUUGUUAAUAUCAUCAUUAUAUGUUAUCUAUCAACAAGAUAUUAUAUUAACAAUAGCAGGCGUUAUAGGAGUAUACAUCGGAUUUAGAAUCAUCAAAUCCAGAAAUAAGACAGUUGUACCUUACUCCAAUAAAACUGUUCUAAUAACCGGGUGUGAUACAGGUAUUGGACAUAAUAUAGCAGUGAGAUUAGGUAAAAAAGGAGUAACAGUACUGGCAUGCUGUCUAUCAGCUACAAGUCCCGGAGGAGAAAAAUUGAAAUCUAUUGGUAGUAAUGUACAUGUUCUAGACACGGAUGUGACAUCAGAGGAUAGUGUACAGAACUGCCUGAAAUUCGUCAAGACAAUAUGUGACAAAAAAGGAUUAUGGGCGAUUGUAAAUAAUGCUGGUAUAGUGCGAUGUGGAGAUGUAGAACUUACUACCAUGGAAGUAUAUUCUCAGAUCAUACAAGUCAAUUUAUUCGGAAUGAUUCGAGUUUGUAAAGCCUUUCUUCCUCUUGUCAGACAAGCUAAAGGUCGAGUAGUCAACGUGACAAGUGUAAGAGGUAUCAUAGCUUAUCCAGCUUUCUCGGCUUACAGCAUGUCCAAAUUUGCUGCCGAAGCCUUUUCAGAUAGUUUACGCAUGGAGAUGAGCAGGUUUGGUGUAAAAGUUAUCAUAGUUGAACCUGGCAAUUAUGGUGGAGCCACUGCCUUAUGGGAAGAAGAAAACGUAAACGACAUGAAUGCUGCAGCCAGCCCGGAUGUCUUGAACACUUAUGGAAAUGGGUACCUGCAUAGAUUAGCAAUGAAUGGCAUUGAAGGUUGUAGCACGACAUAUCCUAAUCUCAUACCAGUGUCGGAUGUUUUAGAAGACGCCAUCUUUAAUCAGAAACCAGAAUCGAGAUAUCUAAUAGAUGGCAGUAAUAAAUUGUAUGAUAUUGACUGUGUAAGUAUGUGA